AAAAUUUUAAUUGAAUUUUUUCUUUUCUUAUUUUCUUCUAUUCUAGAAACUUCAUCAAGCCUAGGCAAUUUUGCUGUGUAUAUGUAAAUGUAUACAAAUCAAUGUCAAAUGAGGAGGAAGAAAAUGAGCAACUAGGUGGAGAUUAGGCAAUAAGAACACAAGAAAAAGUUAUCAUAAUUUUGGAUCUAAAUCAUUUGGAAGCUCAAAAAGGCAGCAAAAUCAAUCAUGUUUAUGAAAUUGUCACUAGUUGUGUAUAAUCUUAUCAUAAUCCUAAAUAUUCUUUCGAAAGUAACGAGUGCAGCUCAUGCGGAUAUCUAUAAGAAUGUACGUCUUGGCACGCGAAUUGUACAGACACGUUUCGGACGACUUCAAGGCAUCGUACUGCCACUUGACAACUUUAAAUUCCUCAAACCUGUUGAGGCAUUUCUGGCCGUUCCGUACGCAACACCGCCAACGAAAAGUAAUCGCUUUGGCCCAACACGAACGCCUUCGCCCUGGGAUGGAAUUCGUAAAUCAGAUAAAUUUAGUGCUGUAUGUCCGCAACGAUUACCAGAGAUUCAGAAUGAACAGGAGGCACUUAAAAAGAUGCCAAAGGGUCGUUUAGAAUAUUUAAAACGUUUACUGCCUUUUUUACAAAACCAAUCUGAAGAUUGUUUAUAUUUAAAUGUAUUCUCACCACUUCAUGCGGCUGUUCAGGAGAAAAAGCUCCCCGUACUCGUAUUCAUUCACGGUGAAUCAUUCGAAUGGAACUCUGGGAAUCCAUACGAUGGUUCCGUUCUUGCUAGCUAUGCAGAUAUGAUUGUAGUUACACUAAAUUAUCGUUUAGGCAUUUUAGGAUUUUUAAAUGCUAAUCCAGCACCGCAUAUACGUGCUAGAGUUGCCAACUACGGAUUAAUGGAUCAAAUGGCAGCUUUACACUGGAUUCAACAGAAUAUUGAAAAAUUUGGUGGUAAUCCAUCAAUGAUUACUUUAGCGGGUCAUGGAACCGGUGCUGCCUGUAUAGAUUUUUUAAUGUCAUCUCCUUCCAUGGUCCCAGGAUUAUUUCAUCGUGCCAUUCUUAUGUCUGGCUCAGCAUAUUCAUCAUGGGCAUUAGUAGAAGAUCCAGUGAUAUAUGCAAUGAAAUUAGCUAAAGAAGUGAAUUGCACAAUACCUGAAGAUUUAGUAAAAGAUCACGAAUUAAUCGUUGAUUGUCUACGUGACUUGCCACUCGAGGAUUUAUUCUCAGCCGACAUACAGCCACCGAAUUUUUUAAGUGCAUUUGGGCCGUCCGUUGAUGGUGUUGUUAUUCGACCAGGUCGAUCAAAUCAAGAUCUCGAUGAGAGUUCAAGAGCUUCAAAACGUAACAAUGCAAAUGUUGGUCAAUAUGAUCUCCUGAUAAGUGCUGUAACUGGAGAGGCACUUUGGCGGUUUAGUGCAAGUGAUAUACAAAGUGGUUUUGAGGGUGAUCGAAGGGAUAAAAUUAUACGAACAUAUGUACGAAAUGCCUAUAACUAUCAUCUUAGUGAAAUAUUCUAUACGAUUAUCACAGAAUAUACAGAUUGGGAGAGAACCAAUCAACAUCCAAUCAUCACACGUGAUUCUGCCGUGUCAGCAUUGUCAGAUGCACAGUAUGUAGCACCAUUAGUUCACACGGCUGACCUUCUGACAUCAACAAAUGGCAUGCAAGAAGGUGAAAGUCCAAAAUGUUUCUUCUCGGUAUUCGAUUAUCAGACGAAGGAUGGCGACUACCCACAGCGCAUGGGAACUGUGCAUGGUGAGGACUUACCAUACGUAUUUGGUGCUCCACUCGUUGAUGGCUUCAGUCAUUUUCCGAGAAAUUACACAAAAUCAGAAAUCGCUCUGUCAGAAGCAAUCAUGAUUUAUUGGAGUAAUUUCGUGCGGACAGGAAAUCCCAACGAGCAUCAUCGACAAGACACAGUUCUAGCAGCAUCGAAAGAGCGCAAUCGAUUUCGAAGCAUCACAUGGGAGCAAUAUGAUCCCAUUCAUCAAAAAUAUCUAGAAGUUGGUAUGAAGCCCAAGAUGAAAAAUCACUUUCGUGCUCACCAAUUGUCAAUAUGGCUACGCCUAAUACCUGAAAUGCAUAAGCUCGGUGCUGGCAUGGAAGAUGUCCUUACGCGACAUAAUUUAUUUAAGAAUCAUGAUGAUAUGUCUCUUUAUGAUGGCCACGUUAGGCCAGAUUUAUAUUCUCGUUUACCCAUUUUUGAUGAAAAUUAUAAGCGUCGGAAUAAUUAUAGCAUCGAAUUUAAUGGAAUAACGACAAUGGAGCCGCUCGCACUCACCACAUGUAUCCCGAUAAGUAAUUUAAGUGGCUUCGCUCCAACAAGCGCUACAAAUUCAAGUGACCCAUCGGGAUUUGAGGGCUAUACGGCAUAUUCAACGGCACUUAGUGUCACCAUAGCGAUAGGCUGUAGUUUACUAAUAUUAAAUGUUUUAAUAUUCGCUGGUGUGUAUUAUCAGCGAGAUAAAACGAGACUUGAAGUGAAAUCACUUCAAAAGCAAUAUCAGCAACGUGGUGGGCAUCAACAGUCGUUUGACUCAAUAAAGCAUGCACAUUAUCAUCUCGGUCAGACAGUGGUUGAUGUUGAGAAUCAUGAUACGGGUGCACUGAUGGAGAAAUCUCCACACAUUUGUUCCAAUUCAAUGCAAAUAAAUGUUAUGAAGAAUAAUUCACCGGCACAAUCAGCAACGACGACGACAACAAAAGUACCGAUAGCAAAUAAUACGGCAUAUAAGCCAAGAGCGGAACAUGUAACGAUACCGAUCAAAAAUCAACCUCAACAGACUGCACCGCAGCAGCAGCAACAGCAACAAACGUUUGGACGAACGGAAACAUCAUUCAAUAAUUCAGGAAUGAUGACGUUGCCAAAGCAAAAUGUACAUAUACCCAUGAGUUAUUCUAGAAAUGAAUGUAUGACGAUGGCGACAUUACCUAGGAAUAGUAAUUUGAAUAAUUCAGCAGAGCAAGCUGGAAAGCAGCAAGUAGGAAAUCAUGUUCAGCGAACACAGACGUUAAAUCGUGCACAAAAUAACAGUAGUCCAAUGGGACAUAGUCAUCAAAAAAGCUGUCACUCACAUCUGCCUACAGCUGCAAUGAGUGAUCUUUAGUUGUCGGUUCCAAAUUCAUCUUUAUCUUUUGUUGAAUCAUCAUUAGAUCUAGUUUAAAUCCAAUUUUUUUUUUUUUAUGAAUUUAUUGAGAAAAAUCAAAUGUUUCUUGCUUCUGACUUCUUUUUGGAGGAAUUGUGAAUUGAUUCUAAGAGAUUUGAACUUUGAAAUGGAUUGAAUGAAGUUUGAGAAAUUAAGAUCAGCUAAGUUGUAAACGAUUCAACAAUAUUCA